AUGGUGCAGGCGCAGCAGCAGGGCGUGGAUAGACCAGGAUCAUGCUCGGAUGACGUGGACACCCUUCGCAAGGUCUCAAAGGACAGACGUCGCGAGUUGGGCCGCGCUGGUGUGGAUUCCUCCUCGUCUUCCUGCACGGCAGCUUUGGGCUCGGCUGACCCGCAGCUGCAGCAUUUCAUCGAGGUGGAGACUCAGAAGCAGUGCUUCCAGCAGAUGGUGCACCGGAGGACGGAACUUUGUUGGGAAAAGUGCAUGGACAAGCCUGGGCCAAAGUUGGGCAGUCGGGCUGAGGCCUGUUCUGUGAACUGCAUUGAGCGCUUCAUUGACACAAGCCAAUUCAUCUUGAAUCGACUGGAACAGACCCCGAAAUGCAAGCCAGUCUUCUCAGAAAGCCUUUCGGACUGA